CAGGGCAAGGUGUUGGGAGCCCAGUCUCUCCAACCUCAUCCAGAGCUCAUCCCAACCUCCCUCACCCAACUUUAGCGACUUGGGUUGGAAAAGGAGGGAAGGAAGGGAGGGGAAGUGCGGGAAAGUGCGGGAAACGGUCCAAACCAGAGAGAGAGCGAGAGAGAGGGGGGGAAAAAAAAGGGGCCAAAAAAAAAAUUACCUCCAAAACUCCGCAUGAUAAGCUCGGUGUGCGUGUCUUCUUACCGGGGACGUAAGUCAGCCAACAAACAACCACCGUCCAAAUCAUGUCUGAGGGAAGAGAUGGUCAAGGGAGACGAGAACAACGACAGGAUCACCAUCAAUGUGGGAGGAACGAGACAUGAGACCUACAAGAGCACCCUCAGGACCUUGCCCGGGACCAGGCUGGCCUGGAUAGCCGACCCGGAUUCCCGGAGCAUCUUGGAUUACGAUGCCGAGAGCGACCAGUUCUUCUUUGACCGACACCCGGGCAUAUUCGCUUACGUCCUCAACUACUACCGCACCGGGAAGCUCCAUUGCCCCGCCGAUGUGUGUGGACCUCUGUUCGAGGAAGAGUUGGCCUUUUGGGGCAUCGACGAGACCGACGUGGAGCCCUGCUGUUGGAUGAGUUACCGGCAGCACCGAGAGGCCGAGGAGGCGCUCGAUAUCUUCGAGGCGGUGGACCUCAGCCCUGGCACCGACCGGGACGAGGACCCCGACACGGAGCGUGCGUUGGCGGCUGAGCUGUGCGGGCGGCACCGGUCCGAGCUGGGCGGCUGCUGGAGGCUGUACCAGCCCAGGAUGUGGGCGCUCUUCGAAGAUCCCUAUUCUUCCAAGUCAGCAAGGUUCAUCGCCUUCGCCUCGCUCUUCUUCAUCCUGGUCUCCAUCACCACGUUCUGCCUGGAGACCCACGAAGCCUUCAACCACAUCAUUAACCUGACGGAGUACACGAGCGUGGGCAACACCACGCAGGCGGUGAGCGUGGAGGAGAUGGAGACGGAGCCAGCCCUGAUGUAUGUGGAGGGGGUGUGCGUGCUGUGGUUCACGCUGGAGUUCCUGGUCCGGAUCUUCUGCUGCCCGGACAAGCUGGUCUUUGUCAAGAACCUGCUCAACGUCAUUGACUUUGUGGCCAUCUUGCCCUUCUACCUGGAGCUGGCCCUCAGAGGGUUGUCCUCCAAAGCAGCGAGGGAUGUGCUGGGGUUCCUCAGGGUCGUCCGUUUUGUCCGUAUCCUCAGGAUCUUCAAGCUGACACGCCACUUUGUGGGGCUGCGCGUGUUGGGACACACUCUGAGGGCCAGCACCAACGAGUUCCUCCUCCUCAUCAUCUUCCUGGCUCUGGGGGUCCUCAUCUUUGCCACCAUGAUCUACUACGCCGAGCGGAUCGGCGAGAACUCUCACGAGCUGAAGCCCAGCGAGAAGAACCACUUCAAGAACAUCCCCAUCGGCUUCUGGUGGGCGGUGGUCACCAUGACGACCCUGGGCUAUGGGGACAUGUACCAGACCUGGUCGGGCAUGUUGGUGGGUGCCCUGUGUGCCCUGGCAGGGGUCCUGACCAUCGCCAUGCCCGUGCCAGUUAUCGUCAAUAACUUUGGGAUGUAUUACUCGCUGGCAAUGGCCAAGCAGAAGAUUCCCAAGAAGCGGAGGAAGCACAUUCCAUACGGCACUCAGCCCCCUCCCCCUGCCCCGGGAUACUGCAAGUCUCCCUCCGGCUCGGCUCGUAACAGCACCCACAGCGACACCUGCCCCCCAGCCCCCGAGGAGGGGCUCGAGAGGAAGAGCUCAGACUUGAAGCAGAAUGGUGAGGCGGGGGCCGUGGGCUGUGAGGAGGAGAGUGCAGGACUGAACCCAUCUGUUAGCCCUGACCAGAGUGACCUCGUCAGGGCCUCUUGCUGCAGGGACAAGGGCAAGAAAGGCGGAGCCUGCUUCUCGCUCACCCCGGGAGAUUUCACCUGUGGGGCGGAUGGUGGGGUGAGGAAAGAGAGCUGCAAAGAUGUCCUCGCUACUAAUUACUCCCCAGCUGAGGUGGUAACUCUGUCGUAAUGGUGACGGUCGGCCGAGGGAUGCGAUCUCUGCUCCCCGGGAUCAAUCCUGCGGAGAGAAGCC